GGCGGAAGAGCCGGACCGCGCAGCCGCGGUGCGCACACGCGGGCGUCGCCUCGGGGCACGGCGGGAGGCGGCGGCGGGCGCGCGAUGCGGCGGGCGCGGGGCCGGGCGCUGCCGGGCGCCGUCGCGGCGCUGUGCCGGGCGCUGCCGCCGCGCGCCCGCCCCGCCCCGGACACGCUGCGCCGCGCCAGAUUCGACCGGCCGCAGGCGAGCUCGCACUGCUGGCGGCUGCUCUGCUCUCUCCUGAAGCAAGUCCACGGGGGGAAGUGGACCGAGCCCGAUGCCAUAGAUAUCCAAAUUAGGUUUAUAAAAUCUGUGCUGUGGUACCAUGGCUAUGGCAGGCCAGAACUCUAUCGGCUCCCCUCCGACGGCUCAGCGGGUAGUCGGGAGCUGCUGCUGGCGUUUUCCUGGCUGCUGCACAGAAUCAGCCUGCUGGAGCAGCUGUUGGCUCGGAACAGAGUGAGGACUGGGGAUGAAACCUCUGUGUGCACGUGUGAAGAUGAUCUCACGAACAGCCAGAAGGGCAGGACUGAAAUAGCACCUGAAUAUUCUCUAGAAGACAAGGUAGAUGUCCGAUACCUUCAGUGGUUACAUGGGAGGCUGAGGUUCCAGUGGCGGAGUUUGCAUGCUCUGCAUCAAGAGCAAAGCAAACUUUUGCAUAAGAUCCAUUUAUUUACUAGUGGCUCUCAUAUGGACAAGAUCCUUGGACACUUUUCUGUCACAGAAACAGAGCUUAUUAGACAACCAGAGAACUACAAGCAGCUGUUACAGUUUCUGGAGUCCGAAACAAUGCAGUUAGAAGCCUUUCUGGAGUGGAAGCAACUGGAACAAGUUUAUUGGCACUGGAUGGAAACUGUAUUAGAUGAUAUGGCUGAAGAGGGAAGUAUGUGCAAGUCCCAGGAUGCUCAUACGAUGAAAAGCAUGCUACCAAAGGGGGACUCCUGCUGCCACUGGGCUGGCAGUCUUGUGGGGAAAAUUGACAGAUUAUCCAGAGAUCUAAUGACUGUCCAUGAUCAAUUGCAGGAGCUUGUAACUCAUCGUAAGUCUGCAUGGUACGAGAAGGUGAAAACAAGAGAGGAAGAACUACAGAAGGAGGAGUUCUGUGCUGCUGCUAGAAAGACACAGGAAGCUGUUGAGCUGAAACUACUAGAUCUCACAUACCAUUGUGCUCCGAAAAAACCAAAAAUGCACGGUUCAUGCAGACUGGUGUUUAGAAGCAAACACUCUGCCAGCAAAACAGGCUUCGGUAGAUCUGUAUCUAAGGAGCCUAUUUCAACUGUCAGUGCUACAGAGGUGAUCAGAGAACUGCAGAUGAGAAAGGCCAGCCUGGAGAGAGAGCUGAAGCAGCUGCAGGAAGAGUGCAGGCAGAGGAUGGAUGAAAUUGCAGAAGGGUUGGAUGGAGUGAUUUGUAUCUCCCCUUGAAGAGAUAAAGCCGGACUGAGAAAAGCAAAGGAAUAGAGUUAUUUGAUCAGAACACAUUUGCACAACUUGGCAUGGGGGAGUGUGAGGUGAGGAACUGAAUGUAAUUUCUAAUUUUUAGCUUGGGAAUCAGAACUUGUUACGGCUUUGUGACUUACGCUGGGGCCAUAACCUUGGUGCUUCUCUCUGCAGCCCUUUUAUUGCUAACCUUGCCAAUUAAAUUCUGCAGCAGGCCUUAGUGGGAGUGUGCUUAAAUCUCCCUUUUAUCUUUUAGAUUUCUAGUUCUUCUGCCAAGCACUGGGCUCUUUUACAGUGCUCAGCUGCUGCACAGCAUACUUUGAGGCUGCAUAUUGAAGUACUAAUUGCAUUUUCAACAUUUUCCAGCAAGUGGAAGUGUUCAUUAGUCAGAAAAAUCCAGGUAUUGGAAAACAUGUAAAGUACCAAGGCUGAGAGAGAUUGGAAAUGUUCAAGAAAGUAUGCUAUUUAAUUCAGCUAGUUUGCAUAUUUGUGGCAGCUAUUAUGCAGUCACCAUAAGGAAAAACAAAUGUCUAAUAAUAAAGCAGCACAAUGUUUUCAUUCAGUGCCGUGAUGCACUUCAAGUGAUUGGGUUCUCAAAGAGAACAAACUAGAAACCCAUUCCACUGAGUUAUGAAUCACAGUGAGAUAACUUAUAGGUCUGCUGUAGGAAGUUUUUGUAAACUAGAAACGUGGCCUUAAAUUCCAAGCCUGAGGAGUCUGCCAGCUUUAGGAGUCGCCAUCCUCUGUCUCUGGAGUCUUUUUCCUCUGGAACAUAUGAAUGUUUUUCACUUAGCAUUCAUUUUCUGUCCUUUUCUGUUUUGCUUUCACUAAGGAAUAUUUUUAUAUUCUAGUUGUACACUUUCAGAAAUAAAAAACAGUUUGCUUUUUGUUUGUGAA